AUGUUCUUCUCCCAUUCCCACAUCUUUCUCAGCAUUCUCUUCGCCGUGCAGCUCUCGCCCAGCAUUGCUGCGCCCGCCCCUCUGAUCGACGGGUCUACGGCCCUCGAGGCGCGUGCAACGGAUAACACCAAGAUCUCUCUAUACAAGAAUGGUCUACCCGAGGGCAACAUGACUAUCCCCUCCACCCUCGACGAGCUUCCAGGGCCGUCUGGAGAGAGCUCGCAGCCGCCGGUCUUUGCCUUAGGCUAUGAUGUGCAAUCGACCGAGCCCGAACAGAACGUCGCGCUGCCUUUGAACACCCGCUUCGAAGAAUCGCGCGCUCUCCGAGGCAAUGACUCUGUCAGCGACGGCGUUACUAUCCUCGCGGAAGAGCCAAAGCAAACCGAUCAGGACGAACGGCAGCUCGGGCGGAUUGGGACCGACGUUGGGUCGUUGGGGACGUCUUUGCGGCGCCAUCUGCAGUGGCCCGGUUCGGGAUCGUCUCACCCUAACGGCGGGUCAGAAGGAGAUAGUGCUCAUGGUGGCUCCCGGAACCCCAACAACCAGCCGAAGAUAGGUGGCACGGUGUUCGCGGGUCCUGAACAGCAACGGUGA